CGACUAAUGGAAAAACACAAUUACACAAGGAGAUGAAGGCGAUUUUUGAUUCCUCAUUUUGACCGCUCGUCGGCGGCGCUAUUUUGGACAACGGAAUUUGUCGGAGUUGAAAUUAUUGGGUCUAUAAAUACCUGCAGAGCUGCUCAAUUGAUCCAUCCGUCGCUAAUUCACGAGGCCAUACAAGUACUCAGCAAAAUGGGUUCAGUUCCGGCGGCGGAUUCCGGCAGACCUCACGCCGUGUGCAUUCCUUUUCCGGCGCAGGGGCACGUCAAUCCGAUGAUGAAGCUGGCAAAGCUCCUCCACCAGAACGGAUUCCACGUCACAUUCGUCAACACGGAGUACAAUCACCGCCGGCUGGUAAAGUCACUGGGGGAGGACGCCGUCGACGGCCUGCCGCCGUCGUUCCAGUUCAGGACGAUUCCCGACGGGCUUCCGCCGUCGUACGAGGGGGACGCCACGCAGGAUAUUCCGUCGCUGUGUGCAUCCACGAGCACGACAUGCCUGGCGCCGUUCAGGGCUCUCCUCGCCGACCUGAACACCGGCGGCGGCGGGCCGCCGGUGUCGUGCAUAGUUUCCGAUGGGGUUAUGAGCUUUACUCUCGACGCGGCGGCGGAGCUCGGCGUCCCUGAAGUGCUGUUCUGGACGACGAGCGCUUGCGGUUUCUAUGGUUACACGCAGUACGAUAGGCUUAUCCAAGAUGGCCUUGUCCCACUUAAAGAUUCAAGUGAUUUGACAAAUGGGUACCUGGAUUCGACCAUUCUCGAAAUCCCAGGCAUGGAGGGUAUCCGCCUGCGAGACAUCCCAAGCUUCGUAAGAACGACGAAUCCCGACGAAUUCAUGGUCAAAUUCGCGCUCCGGGAGACGGCGAGGGCGCGGCGGGCGUCAGCCAUUAUCGUCAACACGUUCGAGGUCCUGGAGCAGGAAGUUCUGAACCAAUUAUCCUCAACACUCCCCCCAGUCUACGCCAUAGGACCACUGAACUUGCUCGAACACGGCCGUGUUCAGAACAACACGGCCGUGGCGAGCCUGGGAUCAAGCCUAUGGAAAGAAGACUCCGGCUGCCUGGAAUGGCUGGACUCUCAGGCGGAGAACUCCGUCGUCUACGUGAACUUCGGAAGCAUCGCCGUAAUGACGGCGGAUCAGCUGGCGGAGUUCGCUUGGGGCCUGGCGAACAGCGGGCAGUCGUUUCUGUGGGUGAUAAGGCCCGACCUGGUCUCCGGCGAGCAGGCGAUUCUGCCACGUGACUUCCUCGUGGCGACGGAGGGGCGAGGGAUGCUGGCCGGCUGGUGCCCGCAGGAGAGGGUUUUAGGGCACAGCGCCGUCGGCGGAUUUCUGACGCACAGCGGGUGGAAUUCGACGCUGGAGAGUCUGUCGGCCGGCGUGCCGAUGAUCUGCUGGCCGUUCUUCGCGGAGCAGCCGACCAAUUGCUGGUACUGCUGCGCCAAGUGGGGGGUGGGGAUGGAGAUCGAGAGCGACGUGACGAGGGAGGGCGUGGAGAGCCUGGUGAGGGAGCUGAUGGCGGGGGAGAAGGGCCGGGAGUUGAAGAACCGGGCCGGGGAAUGGGAAAAACUCGCUCGGGAGGCGGCCGCCGGUUCGGCUUAUGAUAACUUGAAGGAAGUUAUCAGUGUACUGCUUUCUUCCGAGUAGUUUUUUUAUUUGCAUAAUUUCGUUUUGUUUGUUUGACUUUAUUAAGUCAUUCUCGCACUUUUUUUUUUUUUUUUUUGAUUGGAUCGUAUUUCACUGUAUUCAG